AUGGCCCUACAACUGCUCGGCUUGGACGAUGGGACUGGGCCCAGCGAUAGGGAUCCUGUCCUGACGAGGGGGACCCACUUGUCCUUUCUAUAUCUGCGCCACCUGCGAAUCAGGGAGCUGCAGCGCGUCUGUUUAGGAAUUCUGAACUAUUUCAGAUCUGUUGAACGAACGCUGACAAUCAACACUUCAGGCCUUACCAUGGUUGCAGGGAGUCUGGUCCCCACCACAGAGGACAGUUCCCGGGUAAACAUGGCAAAAGGAGGCUUGGGCAUCUUGCAAGGCCUGGGAGCUCACCGCUAUGUCCACGGGACAUCUGCUGAGCACAAGGUCCACAGCAUCCAGUUCAUGGAGUUCUCAGAAGUGGAGAACCAGGAUGACUACUACAGCAUAGACGCGGGUUACGUCUACACCCAGGACCAGCGAGGAGUGCAUGUCAUGUAUGAUGAAGCCUUGAGUGAUCUGAAGGAGCUGGAGGCAGAAAUGCUGCUUGUAGCCAGCCAUUACAUUGAGAAAGAGAAAGGUCACAAAGAGGGCAGCAAGUCAAAUACUGGCCAGGACUGGGGAUGGGCCCAUGCAAGCGUGGACAGAUUUGCUGUGCUGUAUGACAUAUGGACCUGGGAAGCAGCUCUUCUAGAAAAUAAGCGCCAGCUUCUUGACAGUUACUUUGAGGCCUACCAGCACGUGUUGGACCCCGAGGAGAGGUUUGCCUUAGCACAAGUGAUCACUGACAUCAUGCACAGGUGCCCAAGGUUUGAUUUCAGCCACCCUUAUUUCAUUAAGGCCUACAAAGAUGAAUGCACCUGCCUGAGGCUUCACUUGCAGCUGGUGAGGGGCAUCCUCAAUCAGCACAUAGAGCGCCAGCGGGAGUAUGUCCAGAGGCUUUGGCAAAGAGGCCAUCCAGAUGAUAGCAGUAACUUUGGACUUCCCCUUAACAUAAUUUGCAAACAACUUAUUUCCAUCAACAAUAGCUGCCCGUCUUUGAAAAACAUGUAUCUGCUGGAGUUCCACCCUUCCCUGGGCCUGGCAUCGCUCAUCCCCCGAUCUCUUGAUCACCUUCUCCAGGAGGCCCGUCACACCUGCAGACCCACAUCAGCCAGCAGCCUCACCUUGCUGGAGAGACGCGUGCUGCAGCUGGCCCUGGAUAUGUGGCUCACACCGGCCCAGCCUGAGUCCUGGUACAGCACACGUCUCCACAAAGAUCUGUUUUCAGCUAAAGUAAUGGGAGAUCCCUUUCUCAUGGAGGAGAUAGGUCUGCUUGCACUCAAGUCCGCAGCAGACGAAGGACAGAACCAAAGCCAAGAUUCUCACAUGCUGCUCCUGGAGACAUUUUCCAAACUUCUGGAACUUGUGACCCUCCGCCACCGGCUGAUAGAAAUGAGUCUGGAGAGUGUACACUUAGCUCGUCUCUAUAAGGAACUGGCAUGGGAGAUGGGUUUUGAAGAGUACCAUUUGUAUCUGAGGCCUGUUCAUUUUGAAUUUGCAUCACACAAGGACAAAGUGGACCAUCCACCUCCUGUUUUUAUCACCUCUCUGCUGGAGGACAGUGAUCGAGUGGACAGAUAUUGUCCUACUACUCUUGUGUUAGCCAUCUCUGAGGUGGAUGAUAACCAGGUUGGCAAGUUUAGCUUUUAUACAAAGGAAGCCAUCCUUAAGCUCUUAUUCCAUUCAGGAGUGGAAAACAUGCAAGUGACCCUUGCAUGCCAAGCUGCUCAGAAAAAUGCUUUGAUGGUGGCUGUCCAACAGGCAUCCUUCUAUCACACGUCCCGAUGGGGCUGUUCUGCUGAUGUGAAGGUCAGCUUGUAAGAUAGAGAACCCUGAGGCAUGCUACUUGUGCCAGCUAAUGCUAGGAUACCCCUUCCAUUCCUAGUAGAACUUCCAGUACAAGGCUGA